CUGCUGCAAAUGCAAGAGAAGAACAAACAAAAUAGCUGUUGCUUAAUUCAUUUUUAAGGAAUUACAGAAGAAGGAACGAAGGAAGGAAGAAGAUGGACGGACAAGAGCAGCAUAACAAGACUAGAGUUGUCAAGAUUGACUCUGUUGAAGCAUGGGACUUCUAUGUUAGCCAAGCCUCAAAUCAACGAUGCCCUGUAAGAUUCUCAACUCUUCUGGUUUGGUUUUAUUUUAUUUUAUUUUUCGCUUCUUGGAUUCUUUCUCAAUUCCACAACCGUUUUGCCUUGGAUGUCUGGAAGUGUUACUUGAAUCAUAAGUGCGGAAUUUCUGUUCUUUUUGUUAGUGGGUUUUGAUUACCCAUCUUGCUCCUUGAAGACCCAUGUUCUGUCUGUGAUUUCAACCAACAUUCUUACACGGUGACAAUGAAAGUUUUGGCUUUUGAUGAUGGAUUGUAAAGUGCAAACUAAUGCUUUUGAUGUUUUAUUCUGCUUUUCCUUUUUUUGUGGUGGUGGCGGCGGUGAAAUUAGGUCGUCGCACACUUUACUGCUUCAUGGUGCAUGCCCUCGGUGGCUAUGAACCCAUGUUUUGAAGAACUGGCCUCAGCUUACCAAAAUGUUCUAUUUCUGACUGUUGAUGUUGAUGAAGUUAAGGAGAUAGCAAAAAAACUGGAGGUGAAGGCCAUGCCAACUUUUGUGAUAAUGAGGGGAGGUGCUGUAGUUGACAAACUAGUUGGUGCUAAUCCAGAAGAGAUAAAGAAAAGGGUCGAUGGUUUUGUUCAGUCCACUCGCGUAAAUGUAAGCGUAGUCUGAUCAGUGCUUGUAAUUACGUACAUUAUUGAACAUGUAAACUCCAUGGUUGCAAUGCUAGCAUUGAGUAAUGGGUGUGGUAAUUGCAUCUUGUGUGAGCUUGUGUUUUCCAUCCUCAAACGUUUCUGUAACAACUGUCAUCAAUGCUUGUAAUAACCCUGUGUUUGAUCCUGGGUUUGUCAUCAGUGUGAAUUGUUUUGGUUUAUGAUUAUGAUUCUUUUCUUAUUUUUGGCACCGUGGUUGUCCUCACCCUGUUAAUGAGCGUUACAGUAAAGGUUGUGUAAUGUG